AUGACUGUGCAUCGCCGGAAGGGGGGGACCUCCCCCUCAGGAGGAGACGUUUCUUUGAGUGGCUCACUGAAUGCCCAAGAGCGCCGCUCAAAGUCGACGAAAGCGCCACAUGCGGCCCCCCUGGCACCCUGGACAUUGGUUAAGGCUCUCUGGGCUUCUUUCUGCCUGGGCGCGGCCUUAGGCCUUUUGUUUGUGUCAGUGCUGCUGGCGGGGGUGCUAUUUUUGUGCAGCAGUGGGCUUGUGAGUGCGCAACAACUGGGAUUCGGUCUGGGAGAUUCCCUGCUACGAUUUAGGGAUCUGAGCGAUGCAGUUGACACCUCAAGGAAACAAAACAUGCAGUGGAACUCUAAACAAAUCCUAGUAAAGGGGAUGCCGGCCUUUCUCCUUGAAACUCAAAGGAAAGAAGAGGUGUUUGGAGAUGCAACCGCAGAUUUGCUCCACGGGAGAGUUGGUGUUGACCCUUGGGGAGAUCCGCUCUGGCGGCCGUCGGCUCCUCCUGGACAGCAAAAUCGUGAGCAGCUUGAAGCGUCCUACAAAGGAUACUGUUUCAACACUGCACUCAGCGACUCGAUCAGUCUGGACCGUGCAGUCCCCUCAUUCGAAAGUUCCGCUUGUGCUGCGCAUCGCAAAACGUUUGCUGCAUUUACCUCCUCCCCAUCGUCUGCUGCUUUUGGAGGCAAAGUGUCAGUUAUCAUCGUACUGCACAAUGAGCUCCUGUCGGUGUUGCUGCGGUCGAUCCACUCGGUCCUCAACAGAACGCCCUCCGGGCUUUUAAAGGAAAUUAUUGUUGUCAAUGACAACUCCGAUCACACCACGCACCCCUGGCUGCAGAACCAGCUGGAGGAAUAUGUGGCUGUCGGUUUACCAAAGACCAAACUCCUCAGGCUACCCCAGAGGCGAGGCCUCAUGGGGGCACGGGCUGCAGGGGCAGCUAUUGCACAGGGCUCCGUGCUGGUGUUUCUUGACUCGCAUGUGGAGGUCCUGCCAUUUUGGCUGGAGCCUUUGCUUCAGCGUAUCCGAGAGAGUCCCAAGACGGCUGCCCUGCCGCGAAUCGCCUCUAUCGAUGCUGAGACGUUUGAGAUCCACAAUGGGGGCAUCGAUACCCUUGCAUUUAACUGGAGUUUGGGACAUAUGCAUCGUGAUGAGGAUAUCAGGGCAAGAAAGAUUAAUUUGAACAAGAGUGACACCGACCCCAUUGAGAGCCCCAUCAUGCCUGGAGGUAUUUUCGCCAUCGCAAAGGACUGGUGGGAUAUGCUGGGUGGCUAUGACGAGGGUCUUCGUCUGUACGCCGGGGAAGAAUUUGAGCUUUCGUUUAAGGUCUGGAUGUGCGGUGGUAGCCUGGAGGUCCUCACCUGCAGCAAAGUGGCACAUGUCUUCCGCUCAGACAAAUACUGGAAAGUUUAUAGGGUGCCUGGUGAGGAGAUAUCGCGGAACAAGCAGAGGGCGGCGCAUGUGUGGAUGGACGAGUACGUGCGAUACGUGUUACUAACAACCCCACCGGUUUCAGACGAGUUCCUGGGAGACCUGGAGCCCCAAAAGGCGCUGAGAAAGAAACUCGGCUGCAAUUCUUUCCAGUGGUACCUUGACAAUGUAUAUCCGGAACUGGAGGCCCCCAGUCUGGAGACCGCCAAAACGGGGGCGAUCUACAGGAGAGACAUCAACGCGUGCCUUGAUACAAUGCAAAGAGGAACUGGGCCUAUCGGUGCCUUUCCGUGUCACUUUAGUCACGGAACACAGGCCUUUCUGUUUGAUGGCUCAAGUGGGAAACUCUUUGUAGGGCAAAAGGGGUUUAACUCGUGUGUUGGAGGCGACCCCACGGCUCACUCAGUGCUGCAGUUCGACUGUAACUAUGAUACUGAAGGUCUCAGUAUGCUGUGGCACUAUAAUGAGGACACAAACCAGCUGCAACUCGUUACAGACGAAGCACAAGCAUCGACUGAAGCAGACCCUAUGUGUCUUAGAAUCUUUGCUUUCCCAACUGAGGAGAGUCCCCAUGCAGUGGAACUCGCUGUCUGCGACCCUCAUGACGCUGGACAACACCUCGUGUUUGUACCCUAG